CAGAACUUGAAAACUGGAUAUACAUGAAACUUUCAAAACUGGUGGAUGAUAAACCAGUGACUUUCAACUUGACCUAUAUAAGCAGAUACCUCACCACAUUUGGCAUCAAGGUAUCUGUGGACAGAGCCAGAAAUGUACCUUGGAGUAACUUUACGUUAGCUCUUGCUUCAUUCAAUCCACCAGGCGCUUACUAUUAUGGUAGCCCUUGGGCUAAAUAUGAUCACCCAGUUUUCAUAGAAAACAUAGAUUUCAACAGUCUGCAAAAAUGCCCAAUGUGGUUGGAUAAUUUUAAGUCAUUUCCAAGACGAGUUUACAACAAGUACCUCACCUUGAUUGUUCAUCUUUAUGAAGUUGCUGUCUCCCCAUCCCCAGUGGAGGCUGAGGCACUUAAGUAUGAAAUUAAGGACCAGGUCUGGACUGCCUUCCAGGUGUUUUCUAAAGGUUACUGUCACACAGCAAUUUAUCAACUACCACUGUAUCAAGGAGCUCCCACUCAGGAUGCCUUGGCUGCUUUAGCAAGGGGAGAAUGCCCAAGUGUUCUGGAUGAUCUUGUUCAGAAGAAUACUAUUUUUCAGAUGAAAGGUGCAUCAGUGCUAGUCAGUAUUGCAGAUGGAAGGAGGGAUGAAGAGCUGGCAAGAUAUUCUGAACAACAUAUUAAUAGGUCAUAUUUGUCAUCUGAACUCUUGGAACCGUAUGAGCCAGAACCUAGCAAUAUGUUCCUGAGGCAGCUGAUUCCUGCUGGCCUGUCUGUGGAAGACUUUAAAAGACAAUUAUCACAGAGAUUCAGAGAGCUCGUGUCAAGUUGAAGACAAAGUCCCUGGUUCAUAUCCAAGAACAAGUGACAAAAUCCUUUCUGCACAAGUCAGCAAGAAACCAAUCCGAUAGUAUUGCACAAUUUAUGCUGCUUUCAACUAACUACAAUGCAAGGGGUUUCAAGACAAAUCCUCCAACUAUUCAUAAACUGAAGCGAAAGGUAAAACUGCAGUCAAAACCUGUCUGCAAAAUAUAACCAAAGGUGGAUUUAAAUUACAAGGCUAAAUAAACCUGAAGAUUAAAGAUUUGAACAUAUUACUUUUAAUCCUUUGGAAAAUGAGGCAGUUGUACUGGAAUCUUAUAGGCAUUUGGGUUGAGCAGGUUCGGACAGUUCAAAUUCUAUUACAAUGAUUGGAGUAGAGACUGGUGAAUCAGGGGCUCUAUGAUAGCCAGUAAGCAAGUGGAUGCAGUUAUGCAGAAGAUCUAGCUUUAAAAAUCACAACUGUACACCUCCCUGUUCAAUCAAAGGAGCAGAAUAAACAGUGCUUAAGAAUAAGCAACUUGGAGUUUUAUCAACUCAAAAUUAAAACACCUGGCAUGCACAAUAGGCUACCAUACACUGAGAAAUGAAACUACAAGCACAACUUUUGGAAUUUGUAACUGCUAAAAAUUUUGGCUGUGACAUUUUGUCUGUACAAUGAAAAUAAUACACAAAAUGUCAGCUCUAAUUUAAAGGUAGUAAUUUCAAUUUUGUAAAAAUCAUUAAAUAAAAACCAAGCCAUACUGGUUUUCCUUUGUAAUUUGUUUGCAGCCUUAAUGUUAGAAUUCAACCGCAAGAUUUACAUUAAAUAGCUUGUUGGUAUUUUGAAACAUUUGAUCGCAAACUGAAAUUCAGGU